UGAAGUCGUCAGCUGUGUAAAUAGAUGAGUUUGAGUUAUGUAAGGCUCAGUUUUUUUAUUUCGUAGACUCGCUGCACCUCCAGUCGCUUCCUGACACCACGAGCUCGUUCCGCUCAGUCGAAAAUCCCACCGUCAAGUGUUACUGUACUCUCUAUCGCAAGGGGGGGGGUCUGUGUGUUCACGCACAGCGCGCGCGCCCCCGCCCGCCUGUUUGUACGGAUAUUAGCACUGUUAGCGGCGGCGAAGCCGGAGCCGGAACCGGAGGCCGCGUUGCAGACAAAGGCUGGGCACGUUGGCGCUCGCGACGGGGCCACGUACCGCGUAAGUAGCGGAAAGACAGCGCGAGGAGGCCGUUUAGCCAGUAGUGCAAGACGUGGGAGAUUCUCUUCACCUCAUCCAUUCUCUCCAGACUGAUUUGAUGUUUUGCAUGCUCCUGCUGGAGUUGAAAUGACUAAUGGGUACAAAUGAGACUGUACCGAACCCUGGGAAGAAAGCCUGCCGUUAAGACUUGGCCUUAACUGAAGUACCUCUGUUCACAUCUGUCAAAGAUGACCAGACAAGUUUUGACGUGGUUUGUUCUUUCAUGAGGAGAAACGAAUGUGGUCGGUAUAAAUAAAGGAAGGAAGGAGCAGCUGCUGUGGGGGGGGGGGGACAACCUGAUACUUGUGGCUUUUGGAAGAACUCUCAGAAUGUUCAUUGCCACAGUUGAGUUCUGCUCUUCCAGAAGGAGGAGCCUUGUUUCUGAGACAUCUUUAUGAAGGUGCCGUUCCAGAUAAGGUUAAGGACACUGAGGCUGUAGAGGGCAAGGAAGGAAGGAAAACAGGCUGGGAGUACAUUUAAAAAAAAAAAAAAAAAAAAAAAAUAGUCAAGGAGAAGCCUUAUCUUCCCACCUUCUACCAAAAUGGGCUGGUUCCUUCUCCCCUUUGAUAACCUGCUCUGCAUGCUCUUGGGCAUCUCCUUCACUGUGUGGUUUACCCUGCUGCUGGUCUUCAUCAUUGUGCCUGCCAUCUUUGGCGUGUCCUUCGGCAUCCGCCGUCUCUACAUGAAGACGUUGCUCAAAGUAUUUGGGUGGGCAACUCUGAGAAUAGAGAGGGGAGCCAAGGAGAAGAACCACCUCAUCUACAAGCCCUAUAGCAAUGGCAUUAUUGCCAAGGAACCCAUGUCGCUGGAGGAGGAGAUCAAGGAGAUCCGGCGGAGUGGCAGUAGCAGGGACCUGGGUGCUGCGUCCCAGGAAUUUGAGAUGUCAGACAUCUUCUACUUCUGCCGGCGUGGCGUGGAAAGCAUCAUGGACGACGAGGUGACAAAGCGUUUCUCUGCUGAAGAGCUGGAGUCAUGGAACCUGUUGACACGCAGCAACUACAACUUCCAGCACAUCAGCCUGCGGCUCACUGUGCUUUGGGGGUUGGGCGUGCUCGUCCGCUAUGGCUUCCUGCUGCCACUCAGGGUAACACUGGCCUUCACCGGUGUGGGUCUCCUUGUGGUCCUUACCAGCAUUGUGGGUUUGUUGCCCAGUGGGAGGACAAAGAACUUCCUCAGUGAGAAGGUUCAUCUUAUGUGUUACCGGAUAUGUGUGCGAGCCCUCACUGCCAUUAUCACCUACCACAACAGUGAAAAUAAGCCCAAGAAUGGUGGAAUUUGUGUCGCGAACCACACCUCGCCUAUUGACGUCAUUAUCCUGGCCAGUGAUGGCUGCUAUGCUAUGGUGGGUCAAAUUCACGGAGGGCUGAUGGGGGUCAUCCAGAGGGCUAUGGUCAAGGCAUGUCCACACAUCUGGUUUGAGCGCUCUGAAGUCAAAGACCGUCACCUUGUGGCCAAACGACUGAGUGACCAUGUAGAAGACAAAACUAAAUUGCCUAUUCUCAUUUUCCCUGAGGGCACCUGCAUUAACAACACCUCCGUAAUGAUGUUCAAGAAGGGCAGCUUUGAGAUUGGCACCACCGUGUACCCUGUUGCCAUCAAGUACGACCCACGCUUUGCUGAGGCCUUCUGGAACAGCAGCAAGUAUGGGAUGGUCAACUACCUACUGAGGAUGAUGAGCAGCUGGGCUGUGGUGUGCAGCGUGUGGUACCUGCCUCCCAUGCGCCGAGAGGAAGGAGAGGAUGCAGUCCAGUUUGCCAACCGUGUGAAGGCUGCCAUUGCCAGACAGGGAGGACUUGUAGACCUGCUUUGGGAUGGUGGCUUGAAGCGUGCAAAGGUGAAGGAUACCUUCAAGGAAGAGCAGCAGAAGCUCUACAGCAAGAUGUUGGUGGGAGCUCAGGAGGACCGCAGCCGUUCCUGAGCCUGCAGGAUGAAGGGAAUCGAGGGAAAGAAAGGGCAGGACUAGAGCUUUGCUGAGAGACCAGAACCCAACUUGUAGAUGCAAACACAGCCAUCUCUCUUAGGGACACUGAUCACCUGUCCUGUGCCCUAUCUGCUUUCUCCACUAAUCUAUUUCCCCCCCCCCACUUGAAACAAAAAAUGAGCUGAUACAGACCACUCUUGGCAAGCAUAUUGGCCUUCUUUAUUUUUAUUUUCACAUUUUCCUCCUUCCUCCCAGCUUGUUCCCAGUAGCAGAGAGAGAAUUAUAAGCCAGGGGCUUGUAUAAUUGCGCACAAAUGAAGGCAAUGGCCUUUCACCAGUUAUGGUCAAAAACAGUCAAGUUUUUAUAUUAGAAGUGACUGUAAAACAUUAUCUGCAUUUUAUUUGUUGAUUUACUUUGAUGUUGUUAUAACAUUUAGGAAACGGUAAUAUAAGGAUGAAGUUGAAAACAGAUGGAAGACUGUUACAAGGAAAUGGAAAACUUAACAGGAGAGAAUCUUGUUUGUGAAAUUGGUUCUUUUUCACUCAGUGGAUCAGUACUGAUAAGUGCCAUGGGUUUAUCUUUUACUUUUUAUUUCUCACUCCUUUGGACAUGCCAUUGUCGCUCUUAAGGAGAAAAUGGAAGAUUGGCUGUGAAGCUCUGUAUGCAGACAUGUAAAAUACAGCAAUUACUCUGACAAGUGCCUCUUAGUGAUUUCAGAUCCAUGUACACACAUGCACUCCGACAGAGAAAACAUGCUGUGAAACACUCUUAACCACCAGCUGUAAACAUUAGAGGACUUUAGGGGAGUUUCUUGCCAUGGGGAACUUUUUAUAUUGAAAGGGGUGUAUAUUAAUCUACUUGUUCAUGUUCCCAUGCUCUUUACUUAGCUGAUGAUCUUAGAUAGAAAAAAAUGAUUCAUUCAGCUAAAAAAAAGUUGCAGUGGAACAGUGAAAUUAAAUCCAGGAAAUGUCACAGCUGGCCACAACCUUUUUUGGGAUUUUUAAAAAGUGUGUGUGGAAGGCAGAACAUUACAAGAUGUGAAGUGUUUUUCCAGUAAAAAUCCUACUAGGUGGAAACAGUGAUGUGUGACAAUUGCAGAGGCUGAGAGGAGAGCAAGGUCCAACUGAAAAAGUUCACUGCUCAUUUUAUAACAACUGCUUCUUUACAUGUCAGUGGCUUCAGUCAUAUUUAUUUCUAGUACAGUGGACUUAAUCUCAGACUUAUGCACUUUUGAGUAUCAGUCUUUACACCAUGACAAACUUUUGAGAGAAGUACUUGAUUUAUUUUUUUCAGGUCGAGAAUAUACAAUUCAAACCGUUCACCAUAGCUUCACCCAGUGCGCUUUACAGAGAGUGAUCAUGAAUAUUGUGCUGCCUUUAGUUUGUCAAAACCCUGCCCUAGUUCUGACCAGGGUUCUUUACUUUCUUAUUUACAAUUGGUCAUAAAUACACAGCCAGGGGAUUCUUGCAGGAGUCUGUCUGCGACCCUGGCUUCCAUGAGCUGCUCAGUGGGGGAUAAGAGAAAGACAUUGCUGCUGUGGUCCCAUCUGAAAUAUAUAUGUCAGGUUUCUAACAUUUAUAUUUGUUCAUUUAGCAGACACUUUUCUCCAAAAGAACCUAGAAGUCUGAGUAAUAACAGUACAUUUCCCUGCAGAGACAUACACGUUCAGACACGCGAUUCUAUAAGUACAGUCCCUUAGUCCAGUACCACUGUUCUUACUGGCACGUAUUACAUGAAUAGCUGCAUGUAGAAUUAGAACAGAAUUAUACAAGCCCCUGGCUUGCUCCAUGUCAUAUUUGGCUAACAGACUUUUUGAGUAAUGACCCAAUUCUUGGUCUCAUUAAGUUCAUAAGAAGCCGGUCCACUCUAUUAAGACAACUACAGAUCUUGCCGUGAAAUAGACCAUGUUUUUAUAUUAAAUGCAGCGAAGAUGCCAAAGUAGUUGAAUAAAUGUUUUUUUUUACAUAUUUAAUCAGGUUGAUCAACCGCAAACAAGUUUCGGUUGGGAGAUAACUGAAAAUGAGAUGUCGAUUACACAAAAGUAUGUAAAACGCGCAAGACGGCAACUGAAGUACACCGUCAAAUAAACUUGAAUGAUUUAAAUAGUCACUGGAAGCAGAAUCAUCUUCUGCAUUAUGCUGAAGAUUUUUAGCAGCCCGGCUGGUGACAUUUGCUUGUUCGCUGAGCUAAUUAAAUUUAUAUUUUGCAGGAUGUGUGGGAGAAGAUGAUAAGACAAAUUUCUCCAUUGCCAAACAUCUUCUUGUGGAAUUGCGGGUUCCAGUGAACUAUUUUUUGUCUUCAGUGUAAACCUUUUAGUCAGCAGACAUAAAACCCACACCCUGUUUGAGCAGGGAUACCUCUGAAUUCUCUUGAAUAUUUAAUGAUACUCUUUUUUUUUCCCCUCCCA